UUUAAAGGUUAGGGAGCAAUUUAAAUUAAAAAAAAAGACCGGUUCAAUAGAUUAUACAUUCAAUUAAAAAAUUUUCUAGGAAAAAUAAAUAACAGUAUUGCAUUUUUUUUAACUUACAUGAAUAAUUAAUGUUAUAAAAUGGAAAAGAAUGGAACAAGUUCAAAAAUGAAGAAUAGUUGGGAAAAAUCUGAAAUAUCAAGAAAAUUUCCUCAUACAUAUAUGAGACAGAGAUUUCGAACUAUUUAUAGUUGGCUGGAUAAUAAAAGAAUUGACGAGGGUGCUGAAGGACUUUGGAGAAUCCAUGAUGGUUUGUAUGAUUUAAAAGAUUUUGUAAAAAUUCAUCCUGGUGGUUCAUUUUGGUUAAAAAUGACUGAGGGAACUGAUAUAACUGAAGCUUUUGAGGCACAUCAUAUAAGUUCAAUUCCUGAACAAAUUUUAGCUAAAUACAAAGUUCGUGAUGCUAAUGAACCAAGAAAUUAUAUAUUAACAUUUAAAGAUGAUGGUUUUUAUAGAACAUUAAAAUUAAGAGCACGAGAAAAAAUUAAGGAUAUUGAUCAUACAGUUAACAAAUCUGAUUUAAUUCACACUAUGCUGCUACUAUCAACAUUUAUUACAGCAAUAACAAGUGUUGCGCUACACAGUAUUAUUGGUCUUAUGAUUACAUCAAUAUUAAUGACAUGGACUGUUAUUGCAUCACAUAAUUAUUUUCAUCAGCGUGAUAAUUGGCGUAUGUUAUUCUUUAAUUUAUCUAUGUUAAAUUAUAAAGAAUGGAGGAUAUCACAUUGUAUGUCACAUCAUAUAUAUACAAAUUCAUUUCAUGAUUUAGAGAUAACAUUAUUGGAACCAUUCUUUCAAUAUAUACCAAAUCGUAAUUUAAAAACAUGGAUACAAAGAUUUGGUUCAUGGUUUUAUGGCCCAAUAAUAUAUAGUUUAACAAGUUGGGAACAAUUUGCUUCAAGAAUAAUUUAUUCAAUAUUGAAAAAAAAUGUUUUAGAUUGGGAUGAAUUAAUUGGAUUCAUUUUACCAAUUUCAAUGUAUUUAUUUACAAAAGCUUCAAUAAUUGAAGUUUUUCUAUAUUGGAUUUUAUUGGUGACUGCAUGUAGUUUUAUAUUUGUUUUAAUUGGUUUAAAUGCUGCACAUCAUUCACCAGAUAUUAUACAUGAUGGUGAUGCAAUACGUUCUGAUAAAGAUUGGGGUAUAUAUCAAAUUGAUGCUGUUGCUGAUUCAACUGAUGUUAAAGGAUCACAAUUUUUAACAUUAACACAUUUUGGUAAUCAUACAUUGCAUCAUUUAUUUCCAACAUUAGAUCAUGGAAUUUUACCACAAUUAUUUCCAAUAUUAUUUGAAACAUUAAAAGAAUUUAAUAUUGAUUGGAGGGAAUUUACACGUUUAGAUCAUAUUAAAGGUAAUUACAGGCAAUUAGCUAGAAUUGAACCAAAUAAAUAUCCAAGAGGAUAAAAUUUAUUAAUAUUGAUAUUAUUUGUAUACCAAAAUUUUUUAUUUAAUAUUUUAAAACAAAAAUUUUAUAAAUUUUUUGUGAUUGUGAUAUUUUUAAUAUUAUUUUAUUAAUAUAAAUAUAGAAAUUUUAAGUUUAAGAGAUUAAAGAUUUUAAUAAACCUGAUUUUGAAUUAUUUUUAUGAGUUGGUGAAAGAAUAAUUAUUAUUAUUAUAUGAAUUUGG